GCAUGUCUCUUGAAUCUUUUACGAACCCACCCAUCUAGCUGUAUCAGUAGCGUUUCACUAUAUGUAUCUCUGACAGACAUGCUUGUAUUUAUUCAACCUCACCAUCAACAAUGUCUUUUUCCAUUUCACCGUCCAUUAAUACCACAUAGAUUGCGGAAGCACACUUGCACUUAUCAUCGUCCGAUGUAUCGAAACAACUUCACAGCUUACAGGUUAAGGAGAGCGAAACAAGACGAGUCGAGGGAAACGACGCCGUCCAACUCGGCGCGGAAGACGAAGAGUACGGUAAGAACAGCCCUCGAAAGUUGUUUUGUUUUCUAGGUGUCUAAGUUAGCGAACGGGACGACGGGCGGACUAAUGAAGGGUCAGCGGCGACCGGGAGAACGUGUCGUCGACAGCGCAGCCAGAACCAAGCGUUGAAGGGAGGGUAUCGAGGGUAUCCCAUUAUGGAUCCUCAAGCGGCGCCCGGUGACUGGAACUGGGUCGCGACCGCGAUUAUAGCGGGUAACAACGGGUGUGCGACAACAGAUGUUGCAUUGACUAGGGAAAUGUCCAAGAUGCAUCACCGAGGGGGGAAAGGCAAGUGGCGUAACGGGUGGGAACGGGAUGGAAGUACUGGAACGGGCAUGGCGUGCCGCCGGUGAUAGAUGCUGGCAAGUUGAUGAGUUCGAUAUUGUAGAAUAGAACACAGACGAUAGAUAGAAGGGUGGAUGGGAAGGGGACAUCAUCAGCGGACAUCGGCUAAAAAAGUCACUUCGACUUCGCGAUGUCCCGUGCCGCCUU